CCGUUGACUUUUCUGAUAACCCCUUUCUCCAAUCCACCUCUCUAUAAAUCAUCAUAAAACCUAAAAAUCUGUCUGCAAAUUUGUUCAAAUCCCACCAAAAUUUACCCUUCAAGCUAUUAUUAUAUGGAUUUUACAUGCAAAGUUUCAUCUUUAUCAUUAAAUUCAUCAAAAUCCCUGUUUUUGCUGCAAAUUUUGGUUCAAAUUUUGGCCCUUUUGCUUAUAUUUAACCCCUGGAUUGAAAGACACCAGUUUUAUACUAUUAGUUAGGGAAGGCCCAGGUGGGGUUGAAUUUGAGGUGUAUCAGAAGUUGGACCUUCGAGGUUACCAAUACUGAGAACAAAGUAACAAGUCAUCUGCGUUUAUCCCUGAUGAUAUGAUUUGCAACCUCUCGCAUAACCUGGAGGAAGCUUAUGGUGGCGAUCAAUUACUUUUUUUGUGAUACGGUACAAGUCGCAGUUGGAUGCUAACCUUUUCUUUUUGGCAGUUGGGUUUGGAGGUCUUCGAAGACCUUUUAAUCGUCAAUUGUUGGGUCAUUGAUAUCAAAGUAAAAGAUUUUUGGCCAAGAAAGAAGUAUUUCAUCACGUGGUAUCCAGUUUGCAUGUGACAAUGUCAGCAAGGAAAUUUAAGAAUGCAGGAUGGGCUGCGUAUAAUUCAAAGCAACAACAGGCUACAGGCCUUAGAUCAAAAGCUUGCGAGGAGCCUUUUCCACCUAUAUCAAGUACUACCAUACCUAAGAAUCACACAGGCUUAGUGAAAAAUAAUCAUAAUGUGGCACAGUCUUUUUCUUCCGUGCUUCUACCCUCGGCUAAUUUUCCAACAUUGGGGGCUAAUAAGGAUAUUGAGAAAUCAUUACCGAGAGGAAGUUGUACAAAUGAAGUUAUUUUAAAAAAAUGUCAGGACAAUGGCAAUGGGGUUUAUGAGAAGCUGAAAAAGCUUCAUCCCUGGGCUGAGAAAAGUUUGAUUGAAGAUAUUAUGGAAGCUGUGAAUAAUGACAUUGACAGGGCCUCAGAUCUCUUAAAAGAAAUGGUUUCUUCUACGAGUCUUCAUGAAAAAAAGGAAACAGAAGUUACGGAUUUUAGAUACAAUGCUGAAAAUUUCUACUCAGAGAACAAUACUUUUUUGACUGAUAUAGAUCUGACUUUACGUGAGACCCAAGAUCUUGUAGGAAUUAGCUAUGGGCAUCAAGAUGAUAUUGUAUCUAGGAAUAAAGAGCUGACUGCUGAUACUUCUGCAUUUGGAAAAGGCCAUCCUGAUCAUUCAACAAGUGAACUCCAGAGUCUGCGUAGCUUGACUAAUAUUCCUGUUGAGCCUGAAUGGGAAGAGGACGAUGUUUACUUGGUUAAUCGGAAAGAUGCAAUGAGAAUGAUGAGGUUAGCUUCACGGCAUUCAAAGGCGGCCAGUGAUGCUUAUUUAAGAGGUGAUCACUUAUCUGCCCAACAAUAUUCCAUGAGGGCCAGGGAAGAAUGGAAGGAAGCUGAAAAGUAUAACGCAGUGGCAGCAAAGGAAAUCCUAAGAAAAAGGAAUUGUGAAAAUGAUUUGUGGAAACUGGACUUGCAUGGUCUGCAUGCAUCGGAAGCAGUUCAGGCGUUAGAGGAACACUUGCAUAAAAUUGAGUCUCAGUUUGCACCUUUUACCAAUCCAGUCAACACCACAAACAUGGUAAGAUCUGCCUCUCUGGACUCAUUAGGUAAGGAGAAGUUCGAUAAGCAGAAGGCAUCAUUUAGGCCCAGGUCAACAGUAUUAGAAGUUAUAACAGGCAUAGGACUUCACAGUCGAGGGCAAGCUGCACUUCCAAGUGCCAUUGAAACGUUUCUUAGUGAAAACAAAUACCAUUAUGACAAGGCUCGGCCUGGGAUGAUAGCAGUUCGACCCAAGUAUAGGCGCAUGUAAAUGUAUAAUUUAUACUUCUGAUAGAGGACGGGCCAUGCGAGCCGCGGUCUCAUUGUGGACAGUAUAGACAAUGUGCAAAUUGUUAUUAGAUUAGUUCGAAUAGCAAUGACCACACAUAAUCAGCAAAGCAGAAACAAUGAGCACACAAUUUGCUGAAGUAAUAUUUAAUUUAAGAUUGCAUAAUCAUGGCAGUAUUGAACUGAAGGCCUAGACUAUUAUUCUCUGUUUGACGCUCAAGGGCCAAACUCAAGGGCCAGUUUGGCUUAUCAUAUUUUUCGGGACGCAAAAGUGUUAUAUUUUAUGUGGAGACAAGUACUUAUUUUUGUC